AUAAGUUUUUCUUUGAUUUUUCUGAUUGUUUAAUGGUUAAAUUUUUCGAUGUUAUUGAAAUGGAAGUUCAUAAACGAAAAACCAGAGGAACUCGGAAGUUGAUAAAUUAUGCUGCCAUUGAUGGCAAUACAUCGUCAGGUGCUAGUGACAACGAUUUUGUUAACAAUAAGCUAGUAAAACCCACUAGACUUACAUCUACCAAAUCGAGUAAGCCAGGUAUACUAAUUGAUAUUAAGUUGUCUAAGAAAUCAAAACUUAUUGAACAAAAAACCAUUUCAGAUCGACAAUCAAAGGCAAAUCCUGUUUCAAUAAGUGCGGAUUCAAAAGUUGUGAAAGUGAUUAAUUCUUUCAUAGCAGAACCUAUUGUGGUACCACAUAGAAUUUGGUCACAAGAAACUAAUAUCACAAGUGAGUGUGAUUGUCUUUCUCUCCAUGAACUGAGUGACUCUUCAGACACUGAUGAAUCGUAUCCCAGUUUACCAGAAAAGUUAAAGAAGAUUCCUAGUUUGAUCCCAACAAAGCAAGUAUCAAAUCGUAAGACAUAUAUAUACUACUACAAUAAGGUUCCACAAAAUACCAAAAAUUAGUUCUUUCCUCUGUGGUGGAACUGUCUUCAAAAGAAGAAAAGAUUGAAAUUGAUAUCUACCGAGAAAAGAAAAGUUACACAAGAUGCUGUUUUAACCUUCAAACAACCAGUUAUUCCAACAACAUUUCCAGUAAAAUGGAAACCACCAGGUACUGCCUUCGGCGGUGGAAUUUUGUCAAAUAGAAAUUCUCCUGCGACAGGAAUUCGAUUAGGUUUAUCUCGUAAUCAUCGGGCCAAAAAGCAAUUACACCAACAAUUCCAAAAUAUUCCUGACACGAACUGACAAGUUCAACCUGAUGGCGCAAUUGGCGAAAUAUGUUAUCCAAGACCACGUUGAUGCUUUUAAUCGACUCGUAUUUGUGUUCGGCCGCCUAGAAAAACACUUCACGAUCUCCAACUGUAUUAUAAUUCCGUUCUAACUGAAU